AUGGCAGCCUCACUGCCCCGGACUCAGAUACUGAAUAACAAUGCUGUGUACGAGAAGUAUUUCCACCAGGUGGAAUCUUCUGGCUCAGGGAGAGUAUUGGCCGCAGAUGCUGCACUUUUCCUAAAGAGGUCUGGCCUUCCAGACUUGAUACUCAGCAAGAUUUGGGAUUUGGCAGGUACAGAUCGCAAAGGAUAUCUUAACAAGCAGCAUGACACGGGAAGUCCUUCCUUACUGGAGCCUGUUGUGCCUUUAGACCUUCCUUGGGCUGUGAAGCCAGAAGAAAAGGCCAAGUAUGAUGCAAUCUUCAACAGCUUGAACCCUGUGAAGGGAUUUCUGUCUGGGGAUAAGGUGAAGCCAGUGCUGCUCAACUCCAAACUACCUGUGGAUAUCCUGGGGCGGGUCUGGGAAUUGAGCGAUAUAGACCAUGAUGGACUCUUGGACAGAGAUGAAUUUGCAGUUGCCAUGUUUCUGGUGUACUCUGCCCUGGAGAAAGAGCCGGUGCCUAUGUUAUUGCCACCUGCUCUGGUGCCACCUUCAAAAAGGAAAGCAAGUACUGUUGCAGUUUCCACGCUGUUAAUCCCUCCUCCCCCAAUGCCGCCUUCAAAAGAACCAUGGCAGCCACUUCCACAAGUUGGAAUUCAGCCCACAAAACCACCACCAGCAGCACCACAGUGGGUCGUUUCACACACAGAAAAAAAUAAAUAUGAUGAGAUCUUCCAGACCCUGGAUAAAGACAUGGACGGCCUGGUUUCUGGGAUAGAAGUGCGUGAGAUCUUCCUGAAGAUGGGCCUAUCGUCAGCGUUGCUGGCACAUAUCUGGACUCUCUGUGACACCAACGACUGCGGGAAACUCUCAAAAGAGCAGUUCGCUCUGGCUUUUUAUUUCAUUAACCAGCGGUUGUCAAAGGGUAUCGACCCACCUCAUCUUCUCACCCCUGAAAUGAUCCCUCCAUCUGAGAGGAUAGCAGCAGCCAAUAAGUCUUUGGCUCCCAGUCCAGUUGCUGAUUUUUCUGCAAUUAAAGAACUAGACAGUUUUAACAAUGAAAUAGUAGAUUUACAGAGGGAAAAGACAAGUGUGGAACAAGAACUGAAUGAAAAGGAGGAAGCUGUGAAACGGAGGACAAAUGAGGUUCAGGACCUUCAAGAAGAGGUUCAGAAACAAGAGGUGCAGGAGGUCCUGGAGGGUUUGGACAAGCAAAAACAACAGCUUGAGUGCCAACUCCAAGAGCUGCGCUUGCAGUGUGCCGAGGAGGAGAAGCUGAUUUCUUCUCUGAGAGCUGAGAUAACCAAUCAAGAGUGACAGAUUUACACUUAUAAAGAUGAACAGAAAGAGGCCAAGGAAGAGCUGAGCCGGCUGCAGGAAGAGACAGUGCAGUUGGAGGAAAAUCUGGAAACAGGGAAGAGUCGGCUGGAGCCACUAGAAAAGGAAUUACAUGAAUCUCAACAAGAGAUCCGUUCUGUCCAGGAGAAGUUGAAAGAAUUGAAGGUGUCUGAGAAUCACUUUGGGGGUCAGCUGAACUGGUGCAAUCAUGUGGAACCACCUCUAGUUAAUGGGAAUGCAGAUCACUCCAGUCUCAGUAACAGCAGCAGUGAGAAUGCAAACCUGCACCAAAAUGCCGAGCGUGAGACCCUGGGCCAGCUGGAUUACCAGACCACUAGCUCACCUGUAAGAAGUAGUCCAGAAAUAACACACACAUCAGGCAGUGAUGUAGAAGAAAAAGAAGAAAACCCUCCUGAGAAGGUCAUUUUCCAAGUUGAUCCUUUUGACAUGAAGCUGAACGCCCCAACACCGCCACUCACUGUGGAGUCCGGACUGGACUUCUUCCAGAGCGAUCCCUUUGUUGGCAGUGACCCAUUUAAAGAUGAUCCAUUUGGAAAAAUAGAUCCAUUUGGAGGAGAUCUCUUUAAAGAUUCAGAUCCAUUUGCAUUGGAUGUAUUUUUCAAGCAGCAGCCUUCAGAUCCUUUAACCGCUUCCAAAGCAGAUCCCUUUGCUGCUACAAUGUCAGAAGACUUCCCUUCUGAAGAACCUUUGAAAAGUGAUGAUCCUUUUGCACCAGGGGGAACAGCUGCUCCAGCAGUGAUUGAGACAGGACCAGAGGAUCCUUUCUCUUCCCUGUUUGGUAAUGAGUCAUUUGGAAGUGGGUUUGCCGACUUUAGCACAUUGCCCAAGCCAUUUAGUACCACAGACACUUUUGAUGCUACUUUACCUAGUAAAGAAAAGAACAUGCUUGACAAUGAAUCUUCCCAUGAUGAAGAUGUUCCUCCUGCAUUGCCUCCAAAGACUGGAACCCCCACUUGCCCCUGUCCGCCCCCUCCAGGUAAGAGACCUUCCUUCAAAACAGAAUCUUCUGGUGUUGUCCAUGAAACUGACCCCUUCCAGCCAUUCAAUAUCAGCUUCUCCAAAGAUACAGAAUUUGACGCCUUCACUGAGAACAAAGGUGUUAUGGAAGUUGGGACUCUGAAUAAGGCAAACACUUACCAAACCGAGGAUGAUCUAAUUGAGUGGGCGAAACAAGAGCGUGAGCGGGAAGAGGAAGAGAGGCUCGCAAGACUGAAGCAACAGGAACAGGAAGACUUGGAACUGGCGAUCGCACUCAGCACAUCUGAGAUAUCUGAAGCGUGAGAGGAUCACAGUUGUCGUGUUCUCCCUUAAAACCUAUUUGCAAUAGUUUGCAGAGUGUAACGUUUUAAAGAAGUAUUUAAAAUUCCUCCUAACCCUUUUAUUACCGGAGCAGCCUGUA